CUUUCAUUUCAACUCAAACCAAGCCGUCAAUAUGAUUAUCUAUAAAGAUGUUAUCACUGGUGAUGAGAUCAUCUCCGACUCUUACGACUUGAAGGAGGUCGAUGGUGUUGUCUAUGAGGUCGACUGCAGCAUGAUCACUAUUGGCGCUGUCAGCGUUGAUACUGGUGCCAACGCCUCUGCCGAAGAAGCUGAGGAGGGUACCGAAGAUGGAGAGCAAAAGGUCAACGAUAUCGUUAACUCUUUCCGUCUCAACUCUACCUCUUUCGACAAGAAAUCCUACCUUGUCCAUCUCAAGGGUUACAUGAAGGCUGUUAAGGAGAAGUUAAAGGAGCGAGGUGCUUCUGAUGAGGAAGUUACCAAGUUUGAGAAGGGUGCCGCUGCAUACGCAAAGAAGAUUGUUGGAGGUUUCAAGGAAUAUGACUUCUAUGUCGGCGAAUCCAUGGACCCCGAUGGAAUGGUCGUUCUCAUGAACUACCGUGAGGACGGUGUUACUCCAUUCAUCACUGUCUGGAAGCACGGUCUCACUGAAAUGAAGGUUUAAGGGAACAAACAGUUGUUGAGGAUGUUGGUUAUGGGAUAGGAGUUUUACUCUCUGGUGUAAUUCACCAUAUGGACUCGCAUCGUCCGACUCGAUUUCCGAGAUCUGAAUGCUAUCUACGAUAUUAAAAUACAAUGCAAC